AUGCAACAAAUGCAGCAAAUUCCGAGGAAGAAGCUACAGGCGAGGCUAGGCCACUGGUGGCAGCGCCACCGGCCGUUUCACGCGGGAAAGCAGCAGCAGCCACUGGAGCCACGUCAGCAGCAGCGUGUGCCACGUCAGGAGGCGCCACACGAGGAUUUGGGCAGUGAGGGCUGUGAUUCUGGAGGGGAAGGCAGAGGAGGAAAGGUGAGGAUUAUGAGAAGUUUAUCAGAGCAAUACCCGGGACAGGAGAAGCUUAUAGCAGGACAGGAGACGAGUAUACCGGGGAUUCAGGAGGGGAGGGUAGUGGGAUCUCAGGAGGAGCAGGAUUAUUGUUACGAGGAGAAGCCAGGAGUUGCAGAUAAGGGAUUUAGGGUUUCUGGGGGAAGUGGAGCAGCUAAUAGCGGGGACAUGCAUGUGACAGGGACAUUGUCUCUGGAUGGUGGCUUGGCAGCUAGGGUGAAGGGACGCGCGGAUGAGCAGCAGGAGCAGGAGCAGGAGCGGGAGCAGGAGAAGGGGAAGGAGCAGGAGGAGCAGGAGAAGGGGGAGGCGCAGGGGGAAGCGCUGGGGGUGGAACAGGGGGAGGCGCAGGAGGAGGCGCAUGGGGAGGGAGAUGGCAAGACGGAGCAGAUGGAAGGAGAGGGAAGGGAGCAAGGAAGAAUCCAAGGGCGGGGAACUGAAGUACAACAAGGGCAGCAGGUGAAAGCCGAGCAUGAGAAGGGAGAGCAGCAGAAAGGGAAAGGACAGCAGCAGCAGGCGUUGAAUCUUGCUUCUCAAACACUCCCCUUGCAGCAGCAAGCGGUGCCGGUGCAGCAGCAAGCGGUGCCGGUGCAGCAGCGCAUGCCACGAGUUGAAACGAUUGCUGCUGUAGGAAACAACCUCUUACAGAGGAGAAAUGGCAUCCCUUCCUUUAAAGACAACAACCUUCUUUCUCCUAACAGCAGCAGCAGCAGCCUCCUAUCCCCUCGUAACCGCCUCCUUUCGCCAAUUAGCCGCCCCCAUUUCGCUAAUAACCGCCUCGUUUCCUCUAGUAACAGCCUCCUUUCGCCAAAUAACCGACUCCUGUCUCCCUCUGGCAGCCACCCCUUCGCCCCUACCUCUCCCCUCUCGCCAUUGCCGGGUUUCUCGCCGGCUUUUUCGCCUGCCCGGAGGGCUAUCCAGCUGCCUAGGUCCCCUUCUGCUGGCUCUUCCCUUGUAGCAGAGGCUUUAGCAGAAAUUAUAGAGGAUGAGGAAUCGGAUAGUAGCAGCUCGUCUGAAGGGGAGGAGGUGGGGGAGGAGGUGGAGGAGGAGGAGGGUUGGGGGGAGGAGAGAGGGUGGGGUGAUGGGGAGUGGGAGUGUGGGUGUUGGGACGAACAGGGGGGGGAGGGAGAGGAGCGAGAGGAGGGAGUGGAGGCAAAGGAGGGAGAGGAGGGAGUGGAGGGGAGGGAGAAGGAGAGGGAGGGAGGGGAGACGGGAGGGAGGAGGACGGUAGUAGAGGGAGAACUGGAAGGGGGAGGAGGAGGAGGGGGGGAGGAAGAGGGAGAGGAGGAGGAAGAGGAAGAGGAGGAGGAAGAGGAAGAGGAGGAGGAAGAGGAAGAGGAGGAGGAGGUGGAUAACGAAUUGUUGCUGUCUGCUGUGGAGAAAGCGCACUGGGACAUGAAGAAGGACCGGACCGUGUUCACCAACCUCCUCAGCUCCCUGCUAGAUCUCACAGAAUCAUCUUUCGGAUUCAUCGCUUCCCUCUGCCUCACACCUAAGACCUCCACAUUAGCUCGCACUCUUCCCCACCUCAUGCCUGACAAUGGGCCCGCACUGGCUAUCAACCAACCUCAAAGCCCCACACUCGCACUUAACCCACCUCCAAACCCAUCUGGAAGCCCUAUACUGGCACUUAACCAGUCUCAGAACCCACUUCACAACCCACCCCCCAACCCGCCGCAAAGCUUCACGCUCGCGCUUAGAUCUCACGCCGUCAACAACAUAGGCUGGACGGAUCAGCUGCACGGAACCUUCCUGGACGCUUCCUCUUCAACCGGGCUUUUGUUCUCCCCCCUGGACCCAACGGGCCUCUUUGGACGGGCGGUGGUGGGAGGGGAGGCUGCUUGGAGGAACAAUGCGGUGCCGCCUGCUGCUCUCCCCAAGGGCCAUCCCAAGCUCUCCUCCGCUCUCUGCGUCCCAUUGACCUGUGCUUCUUUCCCCUCUUCGACCGGCCUUCUGCUCUCCCCCCUGGAUCCCACGGGUCUCUCUGGCCGGGCGGCUGUGAGAGGGGAGGCUGCUUCGAGGAACAAUGCGGUGCCGCCUGCUGCUCUGCCCAAGGGCCAUCCGAAACUCUCCUCUGCCCUCUGCGUCUUCUUAACCUGUGGGCUUGUCGCCUCUCCCUCAACGGUUUCCCUCUGGAUCCCACGGGCUUCUUUGGGAAGCGGCGGUGAGAGGGGGCCGCCUGAGACGUCACACCGCUACAACCACCCUCUUAACUCCCUGACACCCCCUUCCCUCCUUCCCCCCUCUUCUUCCCUUGCACAGGCCCCUGAAUCGUUGGUGUUGCGAUGGUUGGCCCCUGUAUUGUCGGUGUUGCCGUGGUUGGUAACCGCAUCGGCGGUUACAACCAAUCCUUGGUACAGGCGGUGCAGCCUGUGA